CGUGCGCGCGGUUAGAGCUCAGCACAAAAUAAAUAUUUCAAAAUAGAAUUUCAAUUAGCGGUAAAAAGCGGCAAGCAACGAAUUUAAAACGAGAGCAACUCUCGCUCUCACGCACGCGUUUGUGUUUGAGCAAAUGUAAAGUGUUUUAAAUAAAUUUGUAAAUAUGCCACAGCAGAGAUUGGGUUGCUUUGUCACAUGGUUCUAUCUGGUGCUGAUUGUGCAGACGCUUUUGUGCAUUGGCCAGCACGAAUGCAGGCAGCAGCAUCACAAUCGCAACAACAACAACAACAAUCACAAUAAUAACAAUAACAAUAAUAGACGAGGCGAGUCGCCCAGCUCGGAGGAGAAUCAUAGCAAUGCUGCUGACGAUGGCUUGGAUACCGUUGGGGAUAGCGACAGCAGCAUUGCAACUGGAGCGCAUGGACCAAGGCGCGGUGCACGCAAAAAACAAAACCACAACAACAACAACAAUCAUAAUAAUCGACAUAAUCGCAAUGAGGAGAACGGCAUCUCGCUGUGGAUAAACGAGCAGCAGCUCAAAAUGCUUAGCGCUCUCUACUUUUCGCCGGGUUACUCGGGUCGCAUCUAUGCCAUACAAGACGGCAGUGUCUUGAACGAGAUGCGCGAUACGUCCGUCUAUAGCUAUUUGGUAAUACCGUCUGAGGUGAACUAUGUGAACUUUACAUGGAAAUCGGGCAGACGCAAGUAUAACUAUGAUUUCGAUCGACUGGAGACCAUGGAUGAGAGCAUAUUGAAGGCGCCAACGUUGUCCAUAAAUAAAAGAGGUCGCAUACCGCAGGAGGAGAAAAACUUUAGCAUAUUCCUGCCCUGCACCGGAAACAGCUCGGGCACGGCCUCAUUCAAUGUGGGCCUCAAGAUACAGACGCGUCACAAUAAACCGUUAAAUGGCACACCCAUACGUCUGAACUUCAAAAAGGAAUGCGCACAUAGAGGUGUGUAUGAUAUAGACGCUUCCAACCCUACUUCACUAACAACUUUGCAAGCUCCCGAUCCAGAAUGUAGCUCGAAAUGUGGCAAGAACGGUUUUUGCAAGGAUCACAUUUGCAAGUGCCACGUCGGCUAUACCGGCCAAUACUGUGAGACAGCAUUCUGUUUUCCACAAUGCCUCAACGGCGGCAACUGCACAGCGCCCUCAGUGUGCACCUGCCCCGAUGGCUAUCAAGGCACCCAAUGCGAGGGCGGUAUUUGCAAGGAUAAAUGCGAGAAUGGCGGCAAAUGCAUACAAAAGGAUAAAUGCCAAUGCCCAAAGGGAUACUAUGGCUAUCGCUGUGAAUUCUCCAAGUGUGUGAUACCCUGCAAGAGUGGCGGUCGUUGCAUUGGCAACAACAAAUGCCGCUGCCCACAUGGACUGAGCGGCGACCACUGCGAAAUCGGACGCAAGCAGCGUUCCAUCUGCAAGUGUGCUAAUGGCUAUUGUCUGAGCAACAGGCAAUGCAAGUGCCAUGAUGGUUACCAAGGUCGUCACUGUCGACGUCGCACUUCACGCCGUGCACAUUGAGCGCUCAGAGGCGGCGCCACAGCGACAGUACCUAGCAUGUGACAUGUAAUAUAAAUACAUACAUACUUAUACAUACCACACAU